AUGCGAGGAGCACUAGCAGCCGUUGCAUGGUCGAUCUUGACGUACGACGACCUGCCGCAGCGUGUGCACGAUCUCGUGGGUAGUCUCUUCCUGGUUCUAAUACUAAUGGACAGAUGGGACCUGCGGAAAUGGCUGAGCGAAAAGCCUCGACGCUUUUUUGAUCGAUGCACGUGGAUUGCAAGUGUCCUGUCGCUCUAUAUGAUGUGCCACUCUGUGUGGAUUACUAUUGGCGGAGCAGCAGCUACAGCGCUCGUCGUGGCGUGUGCGAGUGACUUGUUGGCAACGUUGGUGCAUCUGCUGGAGAAACAGCGGCUGAACUUCAAUCAGACGAGCGGUACUCGAAGCAUGAGGUGGCUGCAAUAUCUGCUGUUGUAUGGCUGCUGGGGCUGCAUGAUCGUGGAGACAGGGACGACACUGCGUAACUAUGUCACGGAUGAUAUGAAUAGUGAUAGGAAACAAGAGACGCCGCGUCGGAUGAUUGAUCAAGUAGUGGACGACUACUGGAUCAGUGUGCUAGUUGGUGCGUCGCUCAUUCUUGCUAAUGAGCUCCUGCUUUUGUGCACUUUUCCUCGUCGAGUUAGCCCGCCUAAUCUACAGGUAGAAGAAGUGGAAAUGCCUACUGGAUACUGGGUGAAGCUCAUCCCGCUGGUCGGGAUGCUGGUCUACGUUUUCGCCCAAGUUCAUGCUGCGAUCGGGUAUGCCACUAACGUACCACCAACUUUACUAGCGCUCAUGUUGGCCUUAGUUAUUGUAGGCACUAUCACGCUUACUUUUUUGACACCGUCAAGCCAGAAACCUCCUUGGACGGAGCUGCUUCGAUGCGGACGAAAGUUGGCGGCUGAAAUGUGCGUUGGCGGUGUCACGCUCAUUGCACCCAUGGUCUCUCAUGGACCACCAGGAGUGAUAUUUUCCUGUGGUCUAUCUGCUUUCUGCAUCGCUUUUUCAAGGGAAUGCUGGGACGAUAUUGAAUCGAACGAAGGAAGUCAAGCAGGAGAAACGGGACUUACUGUAGCCGAUUCGCCGCUGGCUGCUGGUACCUGUGAUUCACCUUUGACGGAUGAUGUGGGGUGUUCUCAAGGUGUGCCACAGUCAUGGUCUGCUCGUGCCCUGGGCGCCAUCAAAGAACGAUACCCUCGUUUUUAUGAACGGGUAAAAUGGACGUUCGCGGGUAUCACGGUAGUGUCAACAUUUGACCUAUUCUCAACGUUUCUCGCCGUGACUAAUAACAGCAAGACCGUGCUUUCUCUUUCGCAGUAUUCAGCGAUCAACGUCGUCGUUUCAGCGUCGGUGGGGUACCUGACCAGUCCAGCUCCGUACAAAGUGCAUCCUGCUGUGUUAAUCCAUACAGGAGUGAAGCAAUUGAAGAACAAGUGGGCCGUAUUUCCACUCCACAUGUUUGUUGAGACACUGAUCUCCGCUGGAGUGUUCGUUGGCACAUUUACUGCUUCGUCCACAGCGUUCAGCUCGCUCACGCUGGCCGCACUUUCAGGUAUUGUGGUAUCCGUCGGCGGCCACUCAGUAUGCUCGCGCCUUCACUUGACGAUUGGCACUCACGUGCGUAUGCAGCUAACUGCUACGUGUGCGCUGCUCUUUUGUUCGUUUUUAAUAACGUACGCUUCGAUGGUGUCACUGCUGUCUAUUUAUCACUACUUUGAUAGCAUCGAGGCGGCAUUUUGCCUUGCCUCGUUUGCUGGAAUUUUCUUUUUGGCGGCAAGUGAGCUGUUUUUGAUGUGGGGACCAACGCGCGAUGUUGGGCUACUGCUUCAAGGCCGGGUCACGAAUGCAAAGGAAAACUGGCAGCUGGAGCCACUGCGCUCGUUCUUGGAGCUUUUCACGUGGUUUGCAGUCAUCUGGGGCUCAUUUGCACUGUAUAAUGACCUUCUGUUAGCGCUUCAGCUCGGCACGUUCUCAGGCAUCGCAGUCACUUUAUCUGGUGAGUUUUUCCGGAAAACUCGCUCAAAGCUAAUCCUGUGGGACCAUGAUCUGCUCACGGAGAGUGAGACAAUCACGUCGUCAAUGUCACCGCCUGCAAUAGUGUGCAGUAACAUUACCAGGCCAGGUGAAGCUCGUCCACUUCCUGUGAUGCUCUUGUUCGCAUACGUCGGCUCAGGCACAUUCCAGUGGAUCUUCGAGAAUAUGCGCAGUCUUGAAGUCACGGUUCUUCUUGCCACUAUUGCAGGCAUUUUUUUCUUGUGCUGUGCCGAUAUGCUGGUGCUGUUUGAGCCAACUCGUUGGGCAGGAGUGAUCUUGCAGGAUCGCUUUAUCAACGUAAAACACAAUUGGCGUGAGUACCCAGUGCGGUCUUUCGUCGAGCUUGGCUGCUUUGUCGGUGUCAUUUACGGAAGCUAUGCAAUCUACCACGAUCUGAUCGUUGCGGUCCAAGUGGGCACCUUGUCCGGGAUCGUGGUGACCCUUGGCGGAGAGCAAGUGCGAAGUUGUGCGCGGGCCCUUCCCAUGAGUGAAGCUGGCGAAGGUGAAGUGGAAAAGGUGCAGAUCCUUCCGCUCCCAGUUAUGGGCCUGCUGGGCCUCAUUGGGGCUGUCGCGUUCAACAUUAUUUACACGCAUCUUCGCAGCAUUGAGGUAGCGUUUGUCCUUGCCACCACGAGCGGGAUCAUUUUCGCCCUGGUUGGCGACAUGUUCGUUAUCUGGAAGCCCACGCGUAAGGUUGGCAUGGUUAUUCAGGAGCGCAUAUUGUACGUGAGGCAAAAUUUCGCCACACACACGUGCCGUUCGUGGAUGGAGGUAGUCUCGCUGUGCGGCGGCUGGUACAUCUCCUACGACUUCUUGUGGCCAAGGGAUAUCCUUGUUGCCAUUCAGUUUGGCACCACACUUGGAAUCGUCACGUGUGUUUGUGGCGAGCUUACGAUGGAGUUCGUUGCUGAAACCGAACGCCGCUUGAUGGCGGAUAUCUCAGCCAGACUGGCACAUGACUCACAGAGAAACAGCGUGUUUUUCAACCUGCCGUACGAGAUUCAAUUUAAAGUGGCAUAUUUUUUGGCAGCAGAGGAUCUACUGAUUGCACGCGCAACCUGCCACAAAGUCAAUAACAUGCUGAAAGCGGAAUCUGCUCGCUUUUGGCUGCACGCGAGUCUGAGACGCACAGUUCGAGACCACUCUGAUCCACGAGGAUGCUCUCGAUCUCACGGUAUUUGCCAUCGAAUGGAAAACCGUGCCCGCUCACUUGUGUGCGAGGCCAUCACGCUUUUGGUGCCCAAAAUUAUGGGAGCCAGAGACCCCGCUCAAGUCCUUACGUCCGGCAAUGAAGUCAAUCGUGCACUGAAGUGGGUGUACUUGAAUGCCGACUGGAUCCGGAGACAAAGCCUUCCACCUCUAGUGAAGGAAGGUGGUACCGAAGGCAAUGCACUUAUCACGUUAAGUGUAGGUGAUGUUGCAUUUGACGUAUUCCGCCACAUGCCCGACAAGAGCUCGUUGGGGGUUAUCGUAACGCGCGAUGAUGAUUUUGCUAUCGAAUGCAUUGAAGUGCCUAGGGGAGUCUAUGACACGAUCCAGAGAGAUCCGUUCAGCUUUGUAGCUGCGGAGACCCUCUCGGGCCUAAACGUGUUUUCGAAUUGGCACCUCACGGUCGUAGCCUUCGCUACGAUGACACUUAUUUUCAUCGGACAAUUUCUCAGUGACCUGUUUCGCGCGUACAUCCUUCCCGUUUCUCCUACGUGA